GACAUGGCCUCAGAUCAGAUGGUGGUGGCUGCCCUGGGUCGACCUUUCGCAUUAGGGAUGCUGUAUGACGCUCGGAAUGAUAAACUCAACACAGCUUUCACAUUGUGGGAUAAAAUAACUCUUCAAGAAUACAGUGAAAAGCGCCCUCAGCAGAGCAGUGCAUAUGAAAUCACUACAUCAGACUCUGUGGAAUCCAAGUCUUUUCUGCUGGAUAUUAACUCCUCUCUCAAAGCCAGUUUCCUGUGUGGACUGGUUGAAGUUGGAGGAUCUGCCAGUUACCUGAAUGAUAAGAAGAAAUACCACAGACAGAGCAGAGUGACCUUUCAGUACAAAGCUACCUCCAUGUAUGAACAGCUGACAAUGACUGAUCUUAAAGCCAAGAAUUUACAACUACAAGAAGUUAUUGAGAAAUGCUCUGAAACACAUGUAGUCACCGGCAUCCUCUAUGGGGCCCAUGCUUUCUUUGUGUUUGACAGUGAGAAGUUGGAUUCUAACAGCGUUCAGGACAUCCAGGGCGGAAUGGAGGCUGUGAUAAAGAAGAUCCCCUCCUUUAGUCUUGAGGCGAAAGCUGAUGUCAAGCUGAGUGAUGAAGAAAAAGCCAUGACUAAGACAUUCUCCUGCAAGUUCUACGGAGACUUCAUUCUUGAAAGCAAUCCUGCAACAUUUGAAGAUGCAGUGAAGACCUACCAACGACUUCCAAAGCUGCUGGGAGAAAAGGGAGAGAAUUCUGUUCCUGUCAAAGUCUGGCUGACGCCGCUGAAGGAUUUGGUUCCCACAGCUCUUGAUCUGAAGGGAGACAUCUGUGUUGGCCUACUGAGGAAAGCUGUAAAUGCUCUGGAAGGUAUGAGGGAAAUAGAAAUGAGAUGCAAUGAUUCUCUGGAAGAAAAAAUGGUGGAGAAAUUUCCACUGCUGAAGAAAAAGUUGAGUCGUUUCCAACACCUUUGUAACGACUACACCAAGAAACUCCAACAGACCAUGGAGGAGAAACUUCCCUCCAUUCGUGCAGGUGAAGAAGACGAAUCUUUAGUGGAAAAGCUCAUUGACGAGUAGGAGAAGUCACCAUUCAGUCAAGAAAACUUAAGCCAGUGGCUGAAUAAUGAAGAGAGAGAGAUCAACAUCAUCAGGUCCUGUGUAGAGUUGAUGGAGGGAAUAAAAAUCGUCUCAGAUCAGUCAGAGCUGGACAGAGAGGUUCUCGAUCUCGAUGUGAAGGAUGCGCUGUGCUUUGUUUUCACCUCUCUGAAAACUACUGACCCCUACCUGGACCAGAUGAAACACUACCUGUGUUCACAUGAAUCACAAAGUGGCAGGUGUGUCGCUCCACCAACAAAAGACCAGUGGUACUUCUCAGAAGAAGUGUUGACCAACACAAGAGAGAAAGCCAGAGCUUUCUAUGAUCUCGCCAAAGCCCUGAAGAACAGCCCUAAAUUCUGUUUCCUAGUAGCUGCCAUACCAAAGGAGAAAUAUAAAGGAGCAACAAUCUACCACUACAGGGACGGCAAGCUGGUCACUGAGGACUUUUCAAAGCCUCCAGUCCCUCAUGCGGAGAAUGUAACAGACAGGAGAGAUUUACUGUGGUACGCCUGUGAUCUCAACCUGGACCUAGACACUGCAAACAGCUACCUCAUUCUGUCUGAGGGAAACAAGACGGCGACAUAUGGAUCAUGGCAGAGCUAUCCUGAUCGCCCACAGAGGUUUGAUGAGUAUAAUCAGGUUUUGUGCAGAGAGGGGCUCACUGGGCAGCAUUAUUGGGAGGUUGAGUGGAGUGACUGUAGUAAUUAUGGGGUUGGUGUAGCUCUUGCAUACAGAGGAAUCAAAAGGAAAGCUGAAUCUGGGUUUGGAUAUAAUCACCUAUCUUGGUAUUUUGGCAUGAAGGGGAGCAACUUUCGCAUAUGGCAUAAUAGUGACUCGGAGACCAAACCUCUUCCCUCUACUCAAUGCAGUCGUGUUGGAGUGUUUCUAGAUUACCCUGCUGGUUAUGUGAGCUUUUUCAACGUCUCUCAUAACACACUGAGUCACCUCCACACCUUCAAGUCCACAUUCACUGAGCCUCUUUACCCAGGGCUCUACAGUUGUAGCGGAUCCUCUGCUGCCCUGUGUGUGGGUCUGUAA